AGCUCGUUGGGCGUGUGUGGCGUGCGAUUGUGUGCGUUGUCGGUGUGCCCAUUGAGCGAGUGUGUCGCCGUCGGGUGUGCGUGCGUGAGCGCGUGUGUGUAUGUGUGUGUGAGCGCGCGCGCCGGCGUGUGCGAGUGUUUCCUUAUCCGCCGGCCGACGACGUGACGACGACGUCGACGCCGCCGUUCAGCACGACGACGACGACGACGACGACGACCGCGACCGCAGACGACCCGACGGCGAUUAUUGUUAUUAUUAUUAUUAUUAUUAUUACUAUUAUUUAUUUAUCGCGAUAACGAUUCGGGCCGGUUACGUCCGUGUAAAAAAAAAAAAAUAAAAAAAUACGCUUCCGAUCGCCGUCGGUCAUCGUCGUUCGUGUGGUUUUUUUUUUUACCUAUUCACCAUCGUUCACCAACGGCGACGGCUAUCCACCCGCCGCUCUCCUCUUCCGAUCCAACCGCCGCCAGAAGAGGGUUUUCGAUAUCCCCGAAGACCGAUGGUCGAGGCACUCACUGACGACCUUACUACAGCACGCAUGGUGCCUAGUUCUUCUUCUUCUUCUCCUACCGCAGUCGCAGUCUACUAAAAUACAGAGAUACCUCUCUAUAGCGGCGCGAGUCGUCGUCAUACAUAAAUCUAAUCGAGUAAUCGUCCCAUGGUCACAGCUAUGUCUGGUACGAACAACGGACACUACACACUGGAGGAACACACUGUCCCGAUUCGCAACAAGUCCGCUCUGUACACGCAUGAGUGUAGAUAAUAAGCGGUAGAAAGUUGUCGUCUGCUCACUGCAGCCGUCUUACUAGUCGACCAUAUCGAUUGAUAUUUCCUGUUUAGAAGUUUCCUAAAAGCCGUUUGAAUGCAAGUUGCAACGGUAAUGCAUCCCAUGCAACAUGCUGGAGGAGUGGCAACCUAUUAUGCUACUCCUAGGCCAACUCAUCCACAUUACUCAAGUGUAAACUACCACGAUUACAACGCAUCCUAUUCCAAGCGUGCACAGUUGGGUUGUGGUUAUAACACUGCUGGCGGUAACCAAGGUUUAACCAACACAACCUUUGGCGGAAAAUCGGGCACGGUACCUGGCCAUCACAGUGGCCCGCCCGGUAUGACCGGCAACUAUGCUAGUGGCGCCCCUACACAAUACCAUCACAGAGCGACGACCGGCUGGAACUCGGCUCCCUUACCUGCCCAACAGUAUCGAUACGGAACCGGUCCAGUAACGCAGACCACCAUGUCGCCGUACACGUCCUACAACCCUAAUCCGACAACCUACACCAACAGCAACAACAGGAUACCUACGGCCUCUUCACCGGCCAACACCAACAACAGCAGCUCGAGCUCCAACACCAACGGCGGAGCUUCGUUGCAAUCGUCUAACCAACCGACCACCAGUUCGCCGUCGUCAGAAUGUCAAUCGGCCCCACCGGCACAGCAACUGUCCAAGACCAACCUUUACAUACGCGGAUUGAACCAAAACACAAUGGACAAGGAUUUGAUCACCAUGUGUUCGCAAUACGGCAACAUUGUUUCAACUAAAGCGAUCUUGGACAAGAACACCAACAAGUGUUACGGAUUUGUGGACUUCGAGUCUGGCUCGUGCGCUGAUGCCGCGGUCAAAGGUCUGCAAGCAAAAGGUGUCCAAGCCCAAAUGGCUAAAGUGGGUAUUCCAGUUCAACGUAGAGCGGCCACUCAGCAAGAACAAGAUCCUACAAACUUAUAUAUAGCCAACUUGCCACCGAAUUUCAAAGAGAAUGAUUUGGAUACGCUAUUAUCGAAGUUUGGUCAGGUAGUAUCAACUAGGAUUUUACGUGAUACAAAUAUGGUCAGCAAAGGAGUCGGAUUUGCUAGAAUGGACUCCAAGGAAAAAUGUGAACAAAUCAUUCAAAUGUUCAACGGAAAUCCAUUGCCAGGAUCUAAAGAACCGUUGCUAGUCAAAUUCGCUGACAGUGGCCAAAAGAAGAGAAACCCUAGCUAUAGAUCAGACUCUCGUUUGUGGAGAGAAUCGGAGAACGGCGGAUGUAUGCGAUUUCCGGUACAGCACUAUAUGUUGCAGGGCUCACACGUCGGGUACGAAGCGACCCACAACGGUCUGACCGGCUCGGCUGGCUCGCACGUCAUACCGGCCACGGCACUUGCGCAGUACGUCGGCCGGCACUACACCACGCAGGCGUUGCCUGCCCACGGAUACUCAAUCCCGGCGUCCACGUGGCUGCCUCAAUACGUGAUGCAGCCCGCUCCGCCACACCACCUGGCCCAAAUAGACACUCCUGUAUGUUGUCAGAUGAUUCAGCAAGCUGAUCCUGGAUCCGUUCAAUACGGUUCAGUUAUACCGCAACUCGCCACACAUAUGUCUGCUUUACAGAUCGGAAACGGAUCAUACGUGGCCGGCCCACACCCAGGUUAUCCGUACUACACAAGCACUGCACCAAACAUAAUUCACACGGUUCCAAUUCCAUCUGAAGAACAUCCAUCAACAGCGGCGUCACCCGAUGACUCCUAUCAACAUUUCACGCACAAAUAAACAAUAAACACUAUGCUAAACCAACCAAAAUCGAUAAAAUAUAGUAGGUAACAUCUCUUCUUAUUCCCCGACGCCCCAAGCUGUUUUUUUUUUUUUUUUUUAUUAGUUAUUUUGGCCAUUUCAAAAUUUAGUUAAAUUUGUUUAGUACUAAAAAAUAAGAAAAGGUUGGUGAAUAUUUGUAAAUAUUUAACCAGAAGUUGUAUAAAAAUAAUAAAAACUAUUAGUCACCUUGUUGAACUCCGUUGGGAAAAUAGAUUUUCAAAACAUCGUUAUCAGCGCAGAGUAACAGGUUAACAUUAUUUUAGACAAACAUAAAUUUUAGUUCAAUACAAAUUUAGCUCAAUUGCGGUUUUAUGUAGAGUAAUUAUUUUUAUUUCAUUAUUAUAGUAGGCACUUGUUUCAUCUGCCAUUCCCUCCAAACAAGUCUUCCCGAGUCUUGUUUUGUAAAUUCCAAAUUGAUUAUUUUGCCCAAUGCUAUUUUUUUCGGACUCUUGACAGCAUGUCAUUUAUUUUGACAUGUAAUAGUUUUAAACAACGCAUAUUAUCGUUUCACGAUUUAUUUACACCGAGUUAGUUAUUUUUACUGGAAAAACAUUAAAUUUAUUUUGAUCACUCCAUCGUUUAGACGUAAAAACAUAAAAACCGUUUUAUGUCUAAAUUUUGCAGUUUUUAAUAAUUUAUUUUUAGAGUUAUUACAGUAAUAUUUACUGAACGUUAUAUUCUUAAAAUGAAACGAGAAUACGUGUUUUUAUUAUAUGUAUUUUAAACGAUUAUCGAAAAAAUUAAUAGCAGAUUCAUACGGUCCAAAAAUAUGUACUUAUUUAUCAAUUUGUUAAAUUUGACAUUCGGCCUAAUGUCGACUAAAUUUACAGUACUGAGUUAAAAAAAACCAUUCAAUAAUAUCCAUAAUUUUGGUCCUAAUAAUAUUUGUUUUUGUAAAUUUUAAAUUAUUUUUGUUUAAAACAUGUUCAUUGAAAUUAUUAUUUAUUUUUUUGUUGUUGAGAUUAAUUUUUCGUUUUUUUUAAAAAAAUGUGUAUAAAGUUAAAAUUGUUUUGAGUUAUAAUUUUGUUUGUCGUUCGCGGUACCGUUUAUUUCUUGAAAUUUAAAAUUUGAAAGUUAUGUUUAUUUUAAGGGUUGUCUUUUUAAGUGUAUAACUGUUACACCCGUUGGCAACUAAACAUAAAAAUUAAAAAAAAAAUUAAAGUUGAGCCUCCCAGUGUAUGUAAUUUUAAUUCAGUAAUAUGAAAUUCGUAAUACCUGAUUCGCAUUGCCGUUGACGACGUUGACGCAUCCGGAAGUUAACUAUCAUGUUACAAAUACAAUUCAUAGAUGAAAUUAUUACGUGAAUAAUAUAUAUAAAAAUAAUAAUAAAAAAUUUAGGUUUAAGUUUAUUCAUUAAGUUAUUGAUAUAUUUAACAAUAUUUUUGUUUAAUAAGUAUAGUAUAGUUAUGUAGCCUAAUAUAAAUUUAAAUGUAAUUUAUUGUCGCCUUGACGACCACUCCUCCCCCCACCACUCCCCCGUAGUAUAACCAUCCAUUUUAUAUCCGUGUGACUGAAUUUUUUUUUUUUUUGGUAAAUUUGUCUCCUUGAAAUUCUGUGAUACAUGUGUUAGUACAUGUCAGCGGUUAAUAGUCACUAUAAUGUUUUGUACCGUUUGAAAAAAUUUAUCUUUAAAACGAUACAUUUCAAGUUUUUAUUUUAAAUUUAUAAAAAAAAUUAAAGAAUGUUUAUUUUUUUACCUUGAUGACUUAGGUAUGUAUUUUUAAAAGAAAAGAGUUAUUUUUGUUUUUAUUAUUUUCAUAUUUUAUUUAUUUGUUUUUUUUUUUAAAUUUCUUCUAUAGUAAUUAACGACUGAUUUCGUCGUAUUUUAUUUGGCCUAUGGUUAUAACAUUAUAAAAGUAUAUAAAACAUAAUGUGAUUUUUUUCGUUAUUCAUCUAAAUUAUUAUGAUUUUGACAACAAUAGGCAUAGUUAGGUAUAGUUGUACUAGUAAUAAUAUGUGUGUGAGCUGGCUAGAAAAAUAAAAGGAUUUAAUUAGUCAUUAUAUUUCACUCGAUGGGGGAUACGUCAUUUUUAGCACCGGUCAACGAUAAUAAUUAACAACAAAAAUGGUAAUAUUUAACUGAAUAUUUUCUCAAACACUGUCCCUUCCAUUAAAUCGAUCACGAAUAUCGACUCAUAUUAUACUAUAAAAUUUGGGUCACAAAAUUUAUUUUUUUUAUAUAUUUUUUUUAAGCCAAACCGCAGCGUAAACAAUAAUUAUCGGUUUAUUGUUUUGAGAAAUUGGUUCUUACCCUCUUCCCCAACUAGUGACUUUUUCAUGCCUUGUCAGCUUUUUAACAUCGUCCACUGCUUACAAACCGAAACUACGAAGUCCCCUGAUGACGACUCCGACGACAGUGACGCUACUACCACAGUUCAUGUAAACAUAUUAUAAAGUUACAAUAACAUUUCAUUUUUUUUUCUCCACGACUUUCUCACCUCUCUCCACGACGCAUUAGUCAAGUCGAUAUAUUUUUUAAUUUAAACAAUGUGUAUAAUAUAUAUAUAUAUGAAACAUAUGUGUGUAUAUAUAAAAAUAUUUUUAAAAAAAUACCAAUAAUUGUCCGACAAUUGUGAUUAUUGUUUAAAUACGUCUGCUCCAUUAAUCCCAAAGAUAUUGUAGUAAUACCGCUGAGACCGUGCCUCGGCGCUCAUUUAAUGGCGGUACUAAAAACAAAUAUGUUAGGUUUAUUUAUAUUUAGCUUUUUUUGUCUUUUGUUUUUUUCUCUUUCCUUAUUUUUGUCAUGAGUUAUAUAAAUUAUUAUAGUUUUUAUUUUUAUUAUUAUUAUUUUUGAUGAAUUUAUACAAUUUAUAUGAUACAAUUUAAUUAUGUGUAAAUACGUUUUCAAAGCAAAAUUUUAAAGAAAUUUGGACGAUGCCAUUCUUAUAGUAACGCCUCCUAUAAUAAUCGUAGUAGUGCAAUCUUAAUUUGGCUGUAUUUCAUUCAUAUUGUAGCUUAUUAUUUAUUUAUUUUUAUUUACCUACGAUUUUUAGAAAAUUGUCUUACUUCAUUCGAAAAACGAUUUUCUUAGGGAAUUUCUGGGUUAACUAUGAAAUGAAUUGUAUAUAUAUACGACUGUUCAAAUUUUACAGGGGUAUUUUUGUAUUCUGUCCCAUAAAAAAAAAUUUAAUAAAAAUGUAAUAAUAAGACUUGGUUUCGCCUAAGCGCCUUUGUCUGAAUAAAACGUAUACAGUUUUAAAUGUGAUAUUUAGCACAUCGGUGUCUUCCCAGGACGCUGUUUGCACAUGAUUAUUUGUGCUAAAGACAAAAUGAAAAUAUCGAUAAAAAAAAAAAGUGAAUAAUUUUCCGUGAGUUCCGGAAUUUCUUACGAUCGAUUUAUUACGUGCCUACUAGUUUUCCGCUCACACGAUAUAAUGUAGAGGUACGUCCACAGUAGACCGGACGACAUUAAAUCGAAGUUAAAAUCAAAUAGGUAGUAAUAAAAUAAAAAUAAAUAUAUUAAAAAAUCAUGGUCUACGCCCGAUCCAAAUAUGUUAACAUUACAGAUUCACGUACGAUAUACGAAUGCUCGUAUGUAUAUUAUAAUAAUAUUUUGUAAAUCUGUUGCGUUUUUCGACGUUUCUAUUAAAUGGUUGUACGUCAUAAUAUUCUGUAUAUGUAGAUCCUUUUCUGUUUAUUAAUUAAUAUUUUUGUUAAACGUCUUUUGGCCAACGACGUAUUAUUAUUGUCAUAAUAUGUAGCUAAACGUAACGUCAAUAAUAACGCCUCAGAAUAUAAUAAAAAUUAUAAUGUACGUAUGUGUAUAGUAUAUGUACAACAUUUCAACAUUUCAACAAAAAAAUAUAUAAUAUUAUAUAAAUCGUAUUACCUACGUUUAAUAAUAUGAUAACAAUUC